AUGUGGGGCGUUCUCCAAUUUGCUGGCCAUAUUAUUGCUUUGGGACGUUAUCAGAUAAAGCAGGAUACUGUGCAAAUGAGAAAUUGGAGGUCUUCGGAGCAAGUGGCCGCCAAGGGAGCGCGGAUGAUGUUUACAAGAGGGAAGCAUGUUCAUAUCUGCCUUAUCCAUCCUGCAUAUUCUCAUCUACAAGGGCAUCCUCUUAUCAAUCGAGUCUGGCCGGGCCGUGGCAAUAGGGGCGUGGCUUCUGCGCACAAGGGGAAGAUCUCGUUGGAGUCCAAUUACACCAGGAAGAAGGAGAGAGAUCAGAACGAUAUGGCUUCUGCAUCGGGAUCAUCGCAGUCGAAACCGCUCCUAGUCAAGUCGCAUGUCUGCAACUACCCAAAUUGCGGCAAGAGCUUCACCCGGGCAGAACAUCUCCGUCGCCAUGCCUUGAAUCAUACCCCGAACGACAAUUGCUGCGAGCGUUGUGGCGUCCACUUCACUCGUCCUGAUCUGCUAGGUCGACAUAUGGCCCGACAUGCGAAGAGAGACGAGGAGGCCGGAGGUCCCGGUCUAGGGGUUCUGGAGACCCGAAAGAGAACUCGACGAGGACCAGAUGGGAAGAUCAUAACGCGACCGACAAAGAAACAAGCCAGGGCUGCAGCUGCCGCCGCAGCGGCAGCGGCCGCAGCAUCGUCGUCGUAUUCGAGUGCCUCAUCAGUUCAAUCCACUCAGAGUUCAUGUGGGAGCGUCUCAGCUUCUUCUGAGGGUCCGCAUCUGGAGGUUGAGUCCUUAACUACGCCCGGUACCACUCGCGGAUCAGGCGUCCAUAAAGAUCCUGAUCACACCUCUCAUGGUGCUCCGGUGUCUCCUCCACGUUCGACACAAGAGUCGAAUUCUGGUGUCAAUACCGAUGGAGGGCUGGAAGAGUCAUGCGACGCUGUAACCGCUUCUGAGCCUUUCCUCGCUCCAAUGGUCCCUGGUGGGCCGUACGAGCCCUACGUCGAACCGAUUCCUGGGCAAUUCGAUGCAGCCGAUGGCUCUUGGCAGACCUGGAGCCGGAUAGAUGAAAUUUACAAUGACUUCUUCAAUCUGGAUACAGCGACGUCGUUCAAUAUGCCGUUUGCCGCAACCUUGAACUAUAACUGGCUGUUCAAUGUUUCGUCCCUAGAUGAUGUUUUCGCCAAUGUCGAUGUCCCGCUCACGACAGAUAUGACAAACUUCGCUGAACCGCUUCCUGACAUGUGGUCUCAGCCGUUUUUCACACCGGGCGAGAAUCCGAGCCACUUGUUGCAGAGUCCUUCAUCUUCUGCACCGACUGGGCCUGUGCUGGAUACCAGUCCGCCAUUGGAUGGCCAGAGUAGCUCAACAACGCUUCAAGGGCAGCCGAUGAACAAAGAGACAGGGAACAUGCAGUCCUCUGGCACUCGUUCUCACAACGGUCCGGGGCCAGAGAAUACCUCGUUUGGACCGUCGUUGCUUGACCACGGGAAUUUACGGGAGCCUGACUUUUCGGACAUGGAUUGGAUGGGUCCGUCCAAGUCGGACAAGGGUUUCGCUUCUCUACCUCAGAUUACGGAGAAUGCAAGAGCUGGAGUGCUCCAGCUUGUCUCAAAAUCAUCUCCGAUGACUGCAGAAGGCACGAAGAUUGACCUAUCGUCUCCACUUCUCUCCUUGCCGGAAUUGCAGAGCUACUGUGACUUGUUCUUCACCAGACAAGGUGGACGCCAUUUUCUUAGCGGGUAUCCUUUGCAUGGGGGCACAUAUAGCAGCCGCGAAGCCCAUCAGCUGGCGGUUCGAAUCCACGAUACCCUUCGCAACCAUCUGUUCGCACAUGCAGCCUUCUCAGCGCAACCAGAGCUUUGGGUUCUCCAGACUAUGCUGCUGAUCGAUUGCUUUGGGAAGCAGCGCGCGGGUCAGAAGCAGCGUGAUAUGGCACAGCUCUUCCACUGUGUGCUAAUCAAGCUCAUCCGAAGAAGUGACUGCUCUGUCAUCCGAACGUCCGGCAUCAGCAAACGGCCUGACGAUCUGGAAGCCGCGUGGAGACGAGCCAUGGACGCAGAGCAGCGUAAGCGGCUCGCGAUGCAUUGCUUCAUGUGGGAUACACAGCAUGCAGUUCUCUUUUCCCAGUCCCUGUGCAUGUCCGCAUUCGAGAUUCGCUCGUCCUUGCCCUGCGAUCCUGGAUCCUGGGAGGCGACAUCGGCAGAGGAGUGGUUUGAGAAUUCCCGACGGGAGGGCCCUCAUCGGCUGUUCCUGUCGGUUCUGAAGGCUUAUAUCACCCCCAGUGCCGUCUCCCAUCCACGGCAUCUGAAUGCGCUCGCGAGAACUUUCCUACUUCACGGUCUCUUAUCGGUCUCUUCGGACCUCAAACGUCGAGACCAGACGACGCUCCGAUCGGAGACGCCUGAUCUGGUGGGAGCGUGGAAGACCCGCAUGGCCCGUUCCUAUGACCUGUGGAAGGCCGACUUCGACGCAGACUGUAUGGCCAUGAAGCUGGAACAGAGGGCCGAUUUGCGGAAGUUCACCGGCCUUAAAACCGCGACCAACGUUCUUUAUCACGCGGCACACAUCACGUUGAAUGUGGAGAUCUUGGAUCUCCAAAUCUACGCUGGUGCUCCUCACAUUUUGGGUCGCGUUGUCACUGCCACCGACUUUGAACGCUCGCAUCGCAACGUGACUCGGUGGGUGAAUGAAGACCCGCGGUCUGCAGCCAAAGCGGCCCGGCAUGCAUCGUCUAUCUUGCAGGAUGCCAUUAUGAACCUCAACGAUUGGGACGACACUGAUGUGUUCUACUAUUCGUGGUGUCUCUAUAUAGCAACACUCACCUGUUGGGCAUUCCACCUUCCCAUAUCGGCUGAGAAUGAGAGACGAACCACCUCGGACGGUGAGACGGAACGCAAAGGCGACAAUCCUCAUCACUAUCAUCAUAGCAGCAGUGGCAACAACCAGUCUGUCAGCUCCAAUGCCAAGAAUGAGAUGACGUCCAUGUUGAUUGCAAUGACGGCUUGCAAUAGCCUGGAAGAACUUUCGUCUCUGGCGGGGCGAUUUAACACCAAGGGCUUGACGUCGGUAAUGGCCAAGCAGCUUGCCACUGUGAGAUGGGCAGUUGUGCAUGAUGCAAUGAAAGUUCUGCACCACCUUUCUGAAGCGCGGUGA